UUGAAAAAGAAGCCUUACACCCGGAAAGACGUGUCACCGGCUUAACUACACGUUUUUCCACACCAGGAGGGUUCAGUGAGUAGAGGCAGGCAGGGCACCAUGGGCGAAGAGCUGAGUCCUGAUGAGAAGUUUAACCUCAUCACUCGGAACCUUCAGGAGGUUCUUGGGGAGGAGAAGCUGAAGGCAGUUCUUAAGGAAAGAGAAUUAAAGGUGUACUGGGGCACAGCAACCACAGGCAAGCCUCAUGUAGCAUACUUUGUCCCCAUGUCUAAGAUCGCAGACUUCCUGAAGGCUGGCUGUGAGGUAACCAUCCUUUUUGCUGACCUUCAUGCCUACUUGGACAACAUGAAGGCACCUUGGGAGCUGCUUGAGCUCCGAGUUCAAUACUACGAGCAGGUCAUUAAGGCCAUGUUGGAGAGUAUCAAUGUCCCUCUGGAUAAACUAAAGUUUAUCAAAGGCACAGACUACCAGCUGAGCAGGGACUACACACUAGAUGUGUACCGGCUGUCGUCCAUGGUGACUGAGCAUGACGCAAAGAAGGCUGGGGCUGAAGUCGUGAAGCAGGUGGAGCAUCCUCUCCUGAGCGGCCUGCUCUACCCCGGAUUACAGGCACUGGAUGAGGAGUACUUAAAGGUGGAUGCUCAGUUUGGUGGAGUGGACCAGAGGAAGAUCUUCACUUUGGCUGAAAAGUACCUGCCAUCUCUAGGUUAUGCUAAAAGGAUCCACAUGAUGAACCCCAUGGUGCCCGGCCUUACAGGAGGCAAGAUGAGCUCCUCUGAAGAGGAAUCCAAGAUAGAUCUCCUUGACAAAAAAGAAGAUGUAAAGAAGAAACUGAAGAAGGCCUUCUGUGAGCCUGGCAACAUCCAAAACAAUGGAGUCCUUUCCUUUGUCAAGCAUGUCCUCUUCCCACUGCAUUCUGAAUUUGUGAUUAAAAGAGAUCCUAAAUGGGGCGGAGACAAAGUUUACAAAUCGUAUGAGGAAGUAGAGAAAGAUUUUGCUGAGGAGAAAAUCCAUCCAGGUGAUUUAAAGGCGUCAGUUGAAGUGUCCCUGAACAAACUUCUGGAUCCCAUCAGGAAAAAGUUUGAGACACCAGCGUUGAAGAAAUUGAGCAGUUCAGCCUAUCCCUCAAAAAACAAGGCUGCAGUAAAAGUGAACCCCAAAAAGACAGAUGAUGAGGAUGAGAUCAUCCCAUCCAGACUGGACCUCAGAGUGGGCAAAAUUGUCAGUGUAGAGAAGCACCCAGAUGCAGACGCCCUUUAUUUGGAGAAGAUUGAUGUCGGAGAAGAGCAGCCUCGGACUGUCGUGAGUGGACUGGUGGCCUACGUUUCCCAGGAGGAGCUUCAGGACCGACUUGUGGUAUUGUUAUGCAAUUUGAAACCUCAGAAGAUGCGUGGGAUCGAGUCUCAGGCUAUGCUGCUCUGUGCUUCAGUUGAAGGUGAGACCAAAAGAGUAGAGCCUUUGGAUCCACCUGAAGGAUCAGCACCAGGAGAUCGUGUCUUUGUCGAUGGAUAUACAUCAGGAACACCGGAUGAUGAACUCAAGCCCAAGAAGAAGGUUUUUGAGAAGAUUCAGGUGGACAUGAAGAUCUCAGAUGAGUUGAUAGCUCAGUGGAACAUGAAGGAUUUGAUGACCAAACUAGGAAAAAUCACCUGUAAAUCAUUGAAGGGUGGCAGCAUUUGUUAAAUAUUCUUUCCUCUCUUCUCAAAACUCAUCAAAGUGUCUUCAUGGAGCUUCAUUCAUCCAUUAUAUACUGUUAACAGCCUAAGAGCACUUGAUCUGAAGAUCACUCCAAAACUGUAAUCUGUUACCCGUCAUGACAAAGAAGAGACAUUGUGUCAUAGAUCACCUUAAUUUACAUCAGUGUAUAAAGGAAGAUAUGAGGAUGUUAAAAUAGAUGGAAACAGAAGCAUUAUGUACUGAAUUUAUUGUACAAAAUCAAUAUUAUUAACCAGACCCAUACGAAAUAAAUAUGUAAAAUUAAGAAA